AUGGGAGAUGUCAAGAAGCUCGAAGGCCGCGCGAUGCUGUGCUUUCCUCAAGGGGGUGAAUGGUUCCAAGGGUACUUCUACUAUGACGAAUGGAGCGAAGAAGAAGAAGAUGGGAAGCAGGCAAGGACGCUUGGGCUGUUUGGUGUUGAAGUGCCGGUGGACGACUGUGUGCGAUGUUGUCACGGAGGGUACCGCGAGUACAAGCUCACAGUGAUCAUCUACGAAUCGCAAGAAGAAGCCUCGAUGGACGUGCAGAAAACGGGCGGCGACUACUGUACGAUCCAACUCACAGACGCCGCCGCAGUCGACGCACCUGGGGCGUAUGUGCAUUUCGAAACCUCGUCCAUGCUGGCAGAUGAGUCGGCAGUUGCGUGCAUUCGCCAGGCAUUUCCGUCCAUCUCUGCUCAAUGUUCCAACGACCUCGAGUUGCAAACAUGCAUCGUAUGCAUCGGGCACAUGUUCUUGGGCUCGUCGUCCACACACUUCUGGAGUCAGUUCAAUAAGCCCUCAGUGACGCGGUCGUCUGUGUGCAUGAUGUAG